AUGUCACACGGUGUUGAGAGGGGUAAUUACUGGUUAAGAGCGAUGACUCAGAAUGGCGGCCACGGAACCAUUAUUGAUCAACUUAAGGCUCCAGAAGAUGAUUAUCCACCACCUGCAUCUGAUAAUUUUGUAACGAAAAAUGAAGGAAAAGGAAUAGUCAAAGCUGUUUUAGAAUCGCUCGUUGAUAUGGCAGCUGUAGCUCAUUGUUUAUUUCAGCUAGUUCCUUUGGAAGGAUUACCUUCUUCUCCAGAAAUGAUGCAUCAUGGAGAUGAAGAAAUUUCUUUGAAUAUACCGCAGUUUUCUUUCCGUCCUUAUGACUGUAAAUUGCCUAACCUUGUAAGAGCUCGAGUUACUGGUAGAAUUGGUAGAAAGCUUUAUAUGGUGCGUGACGUGGAAAUUCUUACCUAUCUAUACGAGCACAUCACGCGCCCGUCAGCUCGCAUUUCGACUAUACUAUUUCAAACUUCAGAUCAAAAGAUUCCCUGUUUAGCUCGCGUAGUAAGACAGUUCUCGGACGACAAGCAGCGCCGUUCUAAUCCAAGACUUUACAGUGUGAUACCUCGUAAUGCGUCACCAUUUGAUCCACAGCCUCACGGUGACAGGGUGGCUCCGCUUUUGCUACUUUUUUAUUACAGAAGCUCAUACAAGAUGCCUUUCAAGUACGUGUGUUCACAGUAUUUUCUUGAGUUCUUACGUUGUAGAGGUGUGGCCAGUAAUUUUGAUUGUGAUAGCACAUCGUGUACAGUGUAUUUGGUUGAUUACGGGGAACAAGUCGAUUGUAGUGCAUUCUUGGUAUAUGAUCUGAACAAUCAGGCAGGUCCAGUAUUGGAAACACAGGCUGCUGCAUUUAAGUUUCAGUUAAAUGGAGUUUUGUUGGAUGGCAAAUGUUGUUCUUUUGAUUUUGAGUUAAGAGACAACUGUAAUUACGAUUUGCGCUUAACGGGUAAGGAUGGAGAGAUAUUUAUGGGAUUUGUUUGCAUGCAGUCGGAAGCAGCAUCUGGAACAAGCUUAAGAACUCAUUCUUUUAAGCAUGAUGACGGAGAGAGAAAAUAUAAAGAGCUGAAGGAUUUAGAAAAGAAGAGAGCUGAACUUGAUGAAAAAACAAAAAAUUUAAGGACGGAACGACAGCUUUUUGAACUUCAAGCUUCGGAAAGGCAACAAGAACUGAUGUUAAUGAUGAUCCAACUACAGUGCGCUCAAGUUUCGCAGAAGAUCGAUAUGAUAGCAAGCAGCGCAUUGUAUCGCUCCUCCGUAGGAGCAUGUUGGAACCCUGCAGCACCGAUUUUCCCUCUUAUGAUGCCUCCUUAUGGACACUAUCCGGUUGGAAUGCCUGUCAUAAAUCAACUGAUGCAGAGUGUCGAAAACAGUUCGGUCCCUCAGCUGCAAAACGUUCCAUUCAACAAUAUGUCGUCUUUUCCUAUGUUUACAAAUCAACAGUAUCCUUUCAUAGACGGGUUGAUGCGAGAACCGGUAGCAGGAGAAUCCGCAAAUGACACAAUCACAAUGAACGUCCGGAAUAAUACAGCGGAACAGCAACAAGUAGUGUCUGAAAACGUUGUUUCAAAGAGGAAACAGUCGUCUGAUAAUUGCGGGGGUCAGACAUCGCCAAAUAUCUAUCGUGGUAAUGUUUACAAUCAUCAUGGGACUACAAAUCGCAAAAGUCAUGGAAGAUUUUCAACCGACGACUAUGUGGUGAAAUUGGCGGCACAGAAUAAUGUUUCAUCAUCGAAACCAAAUCAGUCUUAUAUAGACUCAAAACGAGAAACUGUGUGCUGGUCGCGGGAGUCUCGAAAACCUGAAUACGGGGAGCCACCACGUUUUUUAUUAGAAACAAGUCCUUCAAAAAAGCCUUCUGGUGCGUUGCAGCCGAGAACAGAUGCAUUUUCUUACGGUUCGCGAGCUGAAAGGGCCAACACUUCUUUUAAUGAAAGUGGGAAAGUAUUAGAGUUUCGCAAUAGUGGGAGAAUCCAACGAGGAACGGGUUCACCACGUCCAGCUGGGAAAUCUUUUCGACAAAUGGCAAAGAGAAUUGGUCAUUUUGAUGAAGAACAGAACGUUGAGAUUGGUGGGGUGUUGAAACAGGGGUUGAGCGAUGUUGCAAAUCUUUUUGAAUCUGAACCAGGCGAUGGAUUUAAUCUGCUGCCAAAUAUAGAGAAGCAGUCUAAAGACACUAACAGUUCCAGCGCUCGACGUCGUGGCUCGUUGGAUUUAGAAGAGGAGUGGCCUUCAUUCGGGUUGGAAAAAGUUUUUCAGGAAUAUAUUCCUCAUAUGGAUGUUGAAGAAGGGAAAGAUUAUGUUGUGAAAAGAAGUGACGAUGACCGUACAAAUAGCGAAUGGCCAUUAUUUUUUGUACAAAUUCAAAACGAUGAAAUACUUGAUUUUAUAGUAGAACAUCUUGACUCGCUCCAUUCAGAUGAUAUUUUACCCGAAGACGAAGUAGUAGUAGGAAAACUGUGUCUUUCUUACUGUCAUGCCUUCCAAGCAAUGUUUCGUGCUGUGAUAACUGCUGUAAUGGAAACUGACGUAGAGGUCCACUAUAUUGACUACGGUAACUACGAAAAUGUAACGCGAAGCGAACUGAGGAAUAUUAAUGAUCAGUCAGAAAUUACUCGAACCCACGAAGCAAUGGCUGUACCGUGUAUAAUCAAAAGCUUAGAUGAGAUGGGUCUAAGUGCUGGUAGCGAUUUGUUGGAAGAGGAUAUAGCUGCAAUCAAGGAAGCUGUAGCUUGUGAUGACGAACGGUCAUUUACUCUCCGUUUUCUUCGUAAACGUCCUGACGGUGUGCGAGUUGUUGAGUUAGUAAAGUCUUCUCCGCCACUAUGA